AUUUUGCCUAGUGUACGUAUAUACUGUAUAUACGUGCAGGAUUGUAUAUUGAUAAUCUACUUACAGUGUACUAAACUGCGAUACUUUAACAAUUUCCAUAUCAAUUGUAAAAUAAUUUCCAAUUUAUUUAUAUGUUCAACUAUUACUUCAUAAUGAGCCCCUUCCUAAACUGUAGGGAAAAUAAAGCUUUAAUCAAUCAUCUACGAUUUUUCAGUAGGGAAUGCAUGCUCAGCGUAUACGCACAUUUAUUUCAAACAUUACAGUUGUCAAUUCCUUUUGAAUUACAAUACAAGUCCAUUUACGUGUAUAUGAGAGAUUAACAGAAAAAUGUGACGGUUUGAUAAAAAAUAGUUAUUGAACAUGCGACGCGUUUAAUUGUGCAUAUUUAAAUUCUAAAUUUUUUUUUUUAACAACGCAGCGCCUUUUGUCAUCAAUAUUAAAUGUCGUGGAGACACCAAACUGAUUGCUCGUUUUCCCUUUCUAACAUACAUAUAUGCACACACCUUCUCGUAUCUACUUGGGUGAUUGAGCUUUUACAAUCCAAGCGCACACAGACAUUUAAAACUCUAUGUGCCUCGCAAGGCUACCGAAGUAUUCCAACGUGUGUUGUUUUUGGAAUGAGUUCAAUAAAAUUAAAUCCGUAAAGACCAAUUUUAUUAUAGUCCCCAUUCGCGCAUAUGCGUGUGUCACUAGUCAUGCAGCAGUAAUGGAGUCGUUAUGAACCUUGUUUGUAAACCAUGGCUCAGCGCGUCGUGAAAAACGUUGAGAACGACUACCUGAUCUGUAGCAUUUGUCUAGGUCGUUACGAGAAUCCAAAACUACUGCCAUGUGGACAUACUUUUUGUCGCCAGUGCUUGAACGACCAUAUCACGCUAACGGUAACUGAUCGAGCAGCAGAAGGGUUCAACUGUCCAAACGACCGUUCUCUUGUGAAGCGACCCAAAGUAGGUCUCCAUCCCAGGCAAUGGGCGGAUGCAUACCCCACGGACACAUUUCUCAUCAGUCUUGUGAAAGCUGUAGUCUCGCAUGAAGAAGGAGGAACACCGCCAGACGGUUCAGAUACUGUUAAAGGAUCUUCAUCGAACAACGCGCAGACGACAAAUACUGAAAACGCGGGAACUGUCAAUGGACCUCGUUGUGAUAAGCAUCCGGAUCGGUCGCUUGAGUUUUUCUGUCUUGGAUGUAGUAUUUCGAUUUGUCCGUUUUGUGCAGUAAGAGAACACAGGAAAAGGACAUGUGAAUGCGUGUCCUUGGCUGACGCCAUGGAAAGACAGAGACCCAGAAUCCAAGCGUUGAAAAGAAGAUUUGAAUCUCAAAUUCAAAAAAUACGAAGAAUGAACAGUGGAGAAGGGAUUUUAAGUGGAACGUUCGCCACCAGCAAAGAAAGAGCAUUGAAUACCCUAAAUGACAUAGAAGGGAAGCUAGGCACAUUCUUCCAGGUGAUUCUUCAACAAGUGGAAAUUCUUCGCCAACAAGUCAACGAAGCUACAGUUAAUUACGCUGGUGAAAACCAGCAGCUUAAUGCUGUUCUCGCAAAUAUUGAAUCUACAAAACUUUCCUUUGAAAACAUGUGCAAUAUUAAUCACAAUGCUGAUGUCCUAAAUAUUCUUCCGAGGAUGGAAACACAAGCAGAUGAAUUUGAUACUGCCAUGCAAGCUGCCAUCCAGACUGCAGGAAUGCAACUUGAUGUUGUCACCAAUACUGCCUUUGACAGUUUCAUUAGAAACCCUCCUCAAGUCGGUACAAUCAAAAUAUCUCGAGGAGGAGGAGGUAGGAACAACACACGGAGACCGGCGAACCGGCGAGAACAGUCUCGGUCCAAUCAGUUCAGUGGAAGUCAAGCUCAGGAAUACCAACGGCAAACCUCCACUGGAGCAGUGCGACCGACACAAACACCAAGACCACUCAGGGAACCUAGACAAACCAGGACGCUGAGCAAAGUAAACGUCAAAGCGGCGACAGAGGGGGUGUCUUCCUGGCAUAUGACUGGAGUCGUGUUUGUCGGAACCAGCAUUGUUGCGACAGAUCGCGUUAACCAGAUGAUUCGGCAAGUCUCUAUCUCAUCACACGCGCUCAAUCUUACAUUACCUAUAGAGAGUCCUGUCUCGAUCUGCAAUGCUUCGGUUCCUACAGAGGUUGCUGUAACUCAGCCGGAGAAGAGAACGAUUUCGAUAAUUUCGACUGAAAGAGGAUUGAAUGUCAAAGGGAUCGUGCGCACGAACAAAGCUUACGAAGGGAUUGCUCAAAUGCCAAGUGGAGACUUUGUGGUAUCUUGCACCCAGGGCAGGAUGUCCAUUGAUAUCAUUGAUAGAGGGGGUCACGUGCUUAAGUCGAUCGAACGUUCCCACGCUUUCCGGUGUCCGCGCUUCUUGAGUGUCACUUCCACCGGAAGUGUGGUUGUCAGCGACAAAGAACAGAAGCAUGUCGUCUGUGUUAACUUUUCGACAAGCCAGUUGGAGUGGACCUACUCUACUCCAUGUUCACCUUGGGGCUUAGCGUGUGAUCAGAACGGAAAAAUAUUCGUAUGUCUAGAUAACAACUCGGUUCAGGUUAUUUCCGAGGAGGGUCAGCUACUGCAAGACAAGUUUAUUUCCGAGAGGGAUGGCAUCAAGACGCCAUAUGCAAUUUGUGCCCGACAAGGACAAAUCGCAAUGACUGAAUUUGGACCGAGUUUGUUUGUUCCAAACAGUGCUUUUGUAUUUAUUGCAAAAUUCAACAAUUAAUGUACACACUUACAAGCAAAAUUCGAUUUAUUACCUAUCAGUAUUAUACAGACAAUGCAACUUUUAAGAAUGUAAUUUGCGUUUACAUCUUAUUAUUUAAAUAACUGAUUGAAAUCGUUAUUAUUUUAUGAUGCCGUAUAAGACUGUUAACAUCGGCAUAUAGGCCUACCGGUAUUUCAACAUAUAUAUAAUUUAGCCUAUUUUGCUCUCCUGAAAAUUGCUUGAAUGUAUAAAGGGGAGGAUUUAAAAAUGCGGUGUGAUGAAAGCAAUCGGCAUUGGUUUUUGCAUUAGAAAGCAGCAUUCGCUCAUUUUAAGCACACAAUUCCGCUAAUUGUGUAAAGCGUUAAUUUCGUUAAGGAAGGAGUCUUCUCGUUAUUAGACAUACUUCUUAUAUUAAGAAAUUCAUGAAAUGUUCAGACGGUCAAACAUAUCAUAUAAGCUAAUGAUUUUAACAGUUAAAUCAAAUUUGACCCUCUUGUUUUCACAUAAAGGUCAGGUCAAGGUCACUAUCAUUUCCCUCAACUUAAAGGAUGAUAAAAAAAUGUAGUUAUUUGCAGUUAUGUAGACACCUGUUUAAGAUAUGAAGUUUCAAUUUUUCAAUGCAGUGAUAGUUAGAAUGUUUAUCAGCUUAUACUACUAACUUGGAAUAAAUAUUUAAACUUAAAUUGAUAUUGCAUAGCCCGCAUUUCCUCUAAUUUUCUUAAAUUUUGAAGAUAUUUGGAUUAUUAUUUUUUAUGCUUCCAAUUUUAAAAUAUUUCUGAUUAUCACAUAUUAUGAAGACUUCAUAUAAAGAUAUAAAUUGACAAAAAGCUAACAUAUUGACCACAUAAUAAGAGAGGAAAUCCGAUUUUAGGGAUUUUUUUCACAUCAACCUAUUUAUAGAAUAAGCGCUUAAAAGCUAAUAAAAAUUUGAUUGGCAA